AUGUCAGACUGCUGUGGGCUGCUGACUCCAGAGAAGCAACCAGUUCCUCUGCAGAGCAUUGAUGUUCGUGUGGAGGUCAGGGACCAUGUAGCUACAGUUGUCUCCACUCUGAACUACGAGAACAAGGAGGACAAACCACUAGAGGCUGUUUUUGUCUUCCCUCUGCCUGGAGAUGCUGCUGUGUGUCACUUCAGUGCUGAGAUCGGACAGAAACACAUUGUAGCUGAGGUCAAGGAGAAGCAGCAGGCUCGGGAGGAGUAUGAUGAUGCACUGAGCUCCGGUCAGCAGGCCUUCCUGUUGGAGGAGAGCGCAGAGAGUCCAGAUAUCUUCUCCCUGAGUGUGGGCAGUCUGCCUCCAGGAGAGAGCGCCUCCAUCAGGCUGGAGUACGUCACUGAGCUGGCUGUGCAGGCUGAUGACGGGCUGAGGUUCUGUCUGCCUGCCGUGCUCAACCCUCGCUACCAACCUCAAGGUAGUGAGGGUCCCAGUGUCCAGGUGUCCUCAGUUCCAACCUCUCAGGUCCCGUACAGUCUGUCCUUUUCUGUCCAAGUGUCUUCUCCUCGCCCAGUCUCUAAAGUAGAGUCCAGCAGCUCCCUGGAGCCUCUUCAGUACCUCAACACUGAUCAAACUCAGGCCUCGGUGAAGUUGGCUGCAGGACACAAGUUUGACAGAGACGUUGAGGUGCUGAUUUAUUACAAAGACGCCCACCAGCCCACUGCUGUGGUGGAAGCAGGACAGACCUCUGCCAAGACAGGCACUCUGAUGGGUGAUCCAGUGGUGAUGUUGAGUCUGUACCCUGAGAUCCCCAGAUCUCUGGAGUCUCCGCUCACAUCACGAGGGGAGUUUGUGUUCCUGCUGGAUCGAUCAGCGAGUAUGGAUUUCCCCAUGUGGGCUGGAAGUCAUCUGACUCGUAUUGCCAGUGCCCGGGAUACUCUGCUGCUUCUGCUGAAGAGUUUACCGAUGGGCUGCUAUUUCAACAUCUACAGCUUCGGAUCCACCUUUGAAAACAUCUUCCCUAAAAGUGUAAAGUACGGACAGAAAACUUUGAAUCAGGCUGUAAAAAAAGUUGAAGAGAUGGGCGCUAACUUGGGAGGAACAGAAAUCUUGGAGCCACUCCAACAUAUCUACAGACAGCCCUGUGUUCCCAAAAGACCAAGACAACUGUUUGUUUUUACCGAUGGUGAGGUGUCGUACACUAAAAUCGUUCUAGAUGAGGUGAAGACAAACUCUGAUUCUCACAGGUGUUUCACUUUUGGGAUUGGAGAAGGAGCUUGCUCUGCUCUCGUCUGUGGGAUGGCGAGAGAAGGCAGAGGUCACGCUCAGUUCAUCACGGGAGCUGAAAGGAUGCAGCCUAAAGUGAUGCAGUCACUACGAUUCGCGUUACAGCCACUUGUUGCUGACGUCUCAGUCACGUGGGAGUUACCAGACGGAGUGUCAGCCACCCUCCUCUCUCCACCAAUCACAAUGCUUUUCCAGGGUCAGAGGUCACUGAUUUAUGCCCAGCUCACCGGAAAGUCUCAAAGUUCAGAUGCAGCGCAGGGCUGUUUGACAGUGAGUUACACUGUAGCUGAUCAACCUUCUCAGAACCAGCUGCACUUCAGUCUCCAGCCAGAACAGGAAACCAAACAGGACACGGAUCAGAACGAUCAUCUGCCCUUUACUCGCUUCACGAUCCACAGAUUGGCUGCUCUCACGCUGAUUCGCUCCCUGGAAAUGGAAAUGAAUGACCAAGAGCAAUACAAUGACUUAAAGAGCAAGCUGGUUGAGCUUAGCGUGCAGUCAGGAGUUGGCAGCGUCUUCACGGCCUUCGUCGCCGUCAGCAAACACGAUGGCGCAGUCGUCCAAGGACCGCUGAUCUACAGGGAGGAUCCUAACUACAUGCCCAUGCUUCGUGGAGGCAUGUUGGAUUAUAUUCUUUACGAAUUAAACGAGACAAAUGCCACAGAGUCUUCGGAGCCACCCAGGGAUCCUCUGCUGCAGCUCGUCUCCCUGCAGGAGGCCUCGGGCUGCUGGCCGCUCAGUCCAGCUUUAGCUGCAGCUCUGGGACAAUCCUCUGAGGAGGUGACAAAAACAAAGCCUGCGUCGAGCAAAAAGAAAGUGUGGGCCACCAUUUUGGUUUUGGUCUGGCUUCAUGGGUUUACAAGUGAUGCAAAGGUGGAGUGGGAACUCCUUGCAAUGAAAGCGACAUUGUGGCUCUGCGGUAAGAGAGCCGAGUGGAUACCUGAAUGUGUGGAGGCUGCAAACAGUCUGUUGGGUUGUAACGUGCAGAAAGGUGAGCUGGGACUCUGA